GCGGUGUUGGUGGUGAUAUGUGAGCCAGAGAGAGCCUUGGAUCGGAAGACAAGGGGCUCGACCCCUGGCCCUACCGUGGGACCUCAGAAUCAUCUCUAGUGCUCCCGUGCCUCAGUUUCCCCACUUGUUCACUCACAGGUUAUCCGUUGCUACUCAAAUUGUUUAGCCCGCCUGGCAUUUACUGGAAAUCUAAGGCUUUUGCCCAAGAGGGUGUUUAGCCUCCAAUGCCUUCUAUUUGUCCCUAUGUCACAACUGAACUCCUAUACACCCCACAAAGCCCCAGGCUCCAACAGCUCCUCCAGAAGUCUCCGUGACAGCCCAGGGUGCGGAAGCUAAGAAUGUCUGUGUCCAGCUUUGGAAGGACCUGGUGCCUAAUCUAUCCAGGGUCCCUCAGCAGACGGUGGGGGGAAGGGUGGAGCUUCAGAAUGUUCUGGGGAGGGGAAGGAGUGGGUAGGGGAGGUUGGGCGGGUGUAUGGGUCUGCAGGGGAGUUGCAGGCAUAGCCACCGCAGAACCUCCCUGUGGUGGAGGGGAACGCUGUGUAUGAUGCAGGCCUUCUAGGUCCGAGUGAGAAAGGAAGUCACUCUGCAGUUGGGUCUGAGACAUUGAGGUCUGUGGGUUCGCCACCUCCUCCCAGAAGGCACUACAGAAUCAGGGGUGAGGGGUGCAGGGCUGGGAGGAACUCAAGAGCCCAUGAACCUCCUCCACGGGACCCCCAAGCAGGCCACGUAAUAGGACCCAAAGUUAUCAACAGAAAUCUAUUUCUCUGAACCUCAAAGGAAGAUUUUUUAAAUUAUUAUUAUUAUUUUUUUAGAGACAGGGACUCACUCUGUUGCUCAGGCUGGAGUAACGUGGCGCAAUCAUGGCUUACUGCAGCCUCCAACUCCUGGGCUCAAGCGGUCCUCCUGCCUCAGCCUCCCGAGUGGCUGGGACUAUAGGCAUGCACCAUCACCCUGGGCUGGUUUUGUAUCUUUUUUUUUUUUUCUUUUUUGAGACAGGGUCUCAUUCUGUCGCCCAGGCUGGAGUGCAGUGGCAGGAUCUCGGCUCCCUGUAAUCUCCGUCUCCCCAGUUCAAGCGAUUCUCCUGCCUCAACCCCACUAAGUAGCUGGGACUACAGACGCCCACCACUAGGCCCAGCUAAUUUUUGUAUUUUUAGUAGAGACCAGGUUUUGCCAUGUUGGCUAGGCUGGUCUUGAACUCCUGACCUCAGGUGAUCCACCUGCCUUGGCCUCCCAAAGUGCUGGGAUUACAGGCCUGGGCCACCAUGCCCAGCCUGUAUCUUUUUUUUUUUUUUUUUUUUUUAAAUAGAGAUUGGAUCUCGCUAUGUUACCCAGGAUGAUCUCAAACUCGGCUCAAGCGAUCCUCCCACCUCAGCCUCACAAAGUGCUGGGAUUACAGGUGUGAGCUACAGCGCCCAGCAAAAGAAAGACAUUUUGGGAGCAAAAUAAUUGAGGCAGGGACCCUGUCAUUUAACUCACCGCUCAGGCCUAUGCCGCCUGCCCCUCCCCCACGGAGCCACCUGCUCUCGCAUUGUGUCUUCCUGUACCUAGAUAUGUUUAUGUAGAGCCUUCCAGAAAGCUCACAGGGGUGCAUUCCCCCCACUCACUUGCGUACACUGCGUUUCUUUUCUUUUUUUCUGAGACGGAGUUUCGCUCUUGUAGCCCAGGCUGGAGUGCAGUGGCGUGAUCUUGGCUCACUGCAACCUCCGCCUCCCGGGUUUAAGCCAUUCUCCUGCCUCAGCCUCCCGAGUAGCUGGGAUUACAGGCGCCCGUCACCAUGUCCAGCUAAUUUCUGUAUUUUUAGUAGAGACGGGGUUUCAUCAUGUGGGCCAAGCUGGUCUCGAACUCCUGACCUCAGGUGAUCCACUUGCCUCGGCCUCCCAAAGUGCUGGGAUUACAGACAUGAGCCAUGUUGUCUGGUCUGUACACUGCCUUUCAGAUAGAAAAUGCAUUGGGGAAACUGAGGCACGAGGUGGCAGGAAGUGGAGCCCCCAGCAGCCUGGAACACCGGACGUCUCGUCUACUGUCUGGCUCCGGGUGUUGCAUCUGCCUCUGCAGCGGGAGGCGGAGAUUGUGGCAGGAAGUCUGUCAACUGGGAGGGGGAGAGGGGGGUGAUGGGCCAGGAAUGGGGUCCCCGGGCAUGGUGCUGGGCCUCCUGCUGCAGCUCUGGGCCCUGCAAGGAGCCUCAAGCCUGAGCGUGCAGCAGGAGCCCAGCAUGCUGCAGGUGAGGCAGGGCAGUCAGGCGACCCUGGUCUGCCAGGUGGACCAAGCCCCGGCCUGGGAACGGCUCCGUGUUAAGUGGACCAAGGAUGGGGCCAUCCUGUGCCAACCGUACAUCACCAACGGCAGCCUCAGCCUGGGGGUCUGCGGGCCCCAGGGACGGCUCUCCUGGCAGGCACCCAGCCAUCUCACCCUGCAGUUGGACCCUGUGAGCCUCAACCACAGCGGGGCGUACGUGUGCUGGGCGGCCACAGAGAUUCCUGAGUUGGAGGAGGCUGAGGGCAACGUAACAAGGCUCUUUGUGGCCCCAGAUGACCCCACACAGAACAGAAACCCGAUCGCAAGCUUCCCAGGAUUCCUCUUCGUGCUGCUGGGGGCGGGAAGCGUGGGUGUGGCCGUGAUCGUGUUGGGCGCCUGGUUCUGGGGCCGCCGCCGCUGCCAGCAAAGGGACUCAGGUAACAGCCCAGGAAAUGCAUUCUACAGCAACGUCCUAUACCGGCCCCGGGGAGCCCCAAAGAAGAGUGAGGACUGCUCUGGAGAGGGGAAGGACCAGAGAGGCCAGAGCAUUUAUUCAACCUCGUUCCCGCAGCCGGCCACCCGCCAGCUGCACCUGGCGCCAAGACCCUGCCCCAGCCCCAGGCCCGGCCAUGCCGCCUCUACAGUCAGGGUCUCUCCUAGACCAAGCCCCACCCUGCAGCCGAGGCCAAAAGGGUUCCCCAAAGUGGGAGAGGAGUAAGAGAUCCCAGGGGACCUCAACAGGACCCCACCCAUAGGUACACACAAAAAAGGGGGGAUCGAGGCCAGGCACAGUGGCUCACGCCUGUAAUCCCAGCCAUUUGGGAAGCCGAGGCGGGUGGAACACUUGAGGUCAGGGGUUUGAGACCAGCCUGGCUUGAACCUGGGAGGCGGAGGUUGCAGUGAGCCGAGAUUGCACCACUGCACUCCAGCCUGGGCGACAGAGUGAGACUCCGUCUCAAAACAAAACAAAACAAAAAAAGAAGGGGGAAGAUUGGGAGCCUGUCAGCCCCAUCCUGAGACCCCAUUCUCCCUCCCACUUUCCCCUCAAGAACCCUUAAUAAAGGCUUGUGAAGAAAAAGCAAA